UUAUGGGGAGCUGGGAGCACCUCUAAAGCUAAGAGUUGGGAGGGGGCAGUUCCCUUCCCCUGGAUUGGCUAAAAUAACCAUGUGCUUGAUAUUAUAUUAAUGAAUUGUCAUGAAGUGAAAAUGUUUCUUUUUCUUUUAAAUUUGAAACAAUAUUCACUAUUCAUACUGAAAUUCUCCUUUUGUGAUGAGGUUUGUGUGACUGUUUGUGUACUAAAUAUUUUAUAUUCUCUUUUCACAGAGGUCAGAUAUAAAAAUGUAUCAAAAUCGAUAAUAUAGACACUUAAUUGCCUAUUAGUAAGACAUUAAACUGUCUAAUAUUUUAUCAUUAUUCACAAAACCCUGGAUGUUUGAAAAUGUGACUUGUCAUUGGUAUGUAUCUAGUCAUGAGAAAAACCUUUCCACCUCAAUGCCGUAUUCAAUAGAUCAAGUGUUCUGGUAUACUACCUUACAAUGCUAACCUUAGUAUGCAAAAAAAAAAAGGAAAUGAAUGAAGAUAAAACUUAACUUUCAAUUUCUUUAGGCUGCAUUCGAAGCACAACUUUCUUUUCCCGUCUCUGUUCUGAAAAACCUCACAGAGGUAUUGUUCUACAACAUUACCGGGUUCCCAGCGGAUGACAGUAUGGAAUAUGUGAUGGUUGAUCCGAAUUUCACCAAUGGUGCAGCAGGAAUGCAGGUUUUAUCGUCCCUGUUGAAUAGAGCGUCCUACCUGAAGGGUAUACAGCCAGUGCAGGAGGCAUUGUUCAGGUGGUUCAAAGGCGCAGACUGCCUCCUCUGCCCAGCGUCAGAGUCUCGGGAUCGUGGGAAGCAUGGGAAGGCUGACUACUUUGAGCAUUAUGCGUCUUUUCACAUCCAUAGUCAACCAACCUCUUCAAUGCAUAUAAUUAAGUACCAAGCAUUCGAAAGAGCGCUUGUGACAGAGUGGGAUAAAAUUGGUCAGUACGGGCGACCUCACUGGGGAAAGGGACUUCACGUAUUUCCAGCCUUAAAGGAACGACUGGGAUCAAUCUACGGCGACGACUUGGAAAAGUUCAAGGCCGUCCGAAAAGAACUUGACCCAUCGGGAGUUUUUACCAACGUUUUCUUGAGAGAAUUAUUUGAUAUUAAAAGAAAGUGAUUCCUCUUUUAAUUUUAUUGUUAUUGUGUAAUUUCCUUUUUUUUUUUUUUUUUGCUAAAAGAUGCAGAGACAUCAAAUACAUGUACUUACUACUUAAGUGGCUCGGCCACUACACUGUUGCGGACGCUACAGAGAUACAGACACUACAGGGUCACGGGCGUGACAUGGAAAAUAUAUUGAGUGUAGAAUUUCUGCAGUGAAUUAAUGCUCAUGUUAAUUGUUUGAACAUUUUAGUGUCAGUUGGCAUUUUGUUUUCCCUGGUAUUCGCAUUUAAAUUCUCCAUGUCAUUAAACCUGUUAUACAUGUAGAUUUUCAUGGGAUAUGAAUGCAAAGAUAUUUCCUUCUAGUAAUUUGGGGAAACAAAUUAUUGAUAUGCUGAAUUAGAGAAAUAUUUAACGAUUGGUCAAACGCGAAAAUGGUUGAAUUCGGACGGAAACAUCUUAUCAGCAUAACAAACCUUCAGAAGAAAAAGGAACAUUGUGGAAACAUUCUAAACUUUUGUUUGGAAACUGAAAUUAAUGUUGACUGUGACCAGACUGAUAAAGUUUUGUAGGAACAACCUAACUGUCCACAUUAUUUCGUCACGCUCUGUUUGUGCACAUGUCAUGAAUGGAAUUCGUGUAAAUUGAACAACGAAGAAAGGCUGUCCAAGAUGGUGACCCCGCCGAUCUCCUGCCUAUACGCCUGUCUGCUGUUUAAACCAGAACUUGCGACGCUGCCACAGUUAUUGGUAAUACAGAGCUGCCUGCAGGAAUUUAUUGGUCCAUCGCCAACGGUCCUACUAGAGCCGUUCUCUAAUUGGCAGAAAGUCGUCACUUAUGAUCACGUGUUCGUGACGAGACCAAAGUCAGCUGAGGAGAUACAGAGAACUGUCUUGGCUGCCGUAACUUGCGGGGUACAAGUAAGCGCCGUGGGCAGCGCACAUACCGCUGAUCAAGUUUGGGGUGGUCGAGGACAUGUCCAUAUCAGAACGUCCGAGUUGACCCUAGAAGGAGGAAAGAGGGUGAUAUUGCUGCCCAAGAUUGCAGCGAACAAUGUCCCUACCGUGAAAGUUGCGGCAGGCGUCACCCAGGCAGAGUUGAAGCAUGAGCUCGCCGAGCAUGGCUAUGUCUUUCAUCCGGGUCCUCUCAUUGGAGAAGUUACGAUAGGGGGAGCUAUUGCAACUGCAUCACAUAAUGGGUUCUACCAUGAACCGUCGAUAGGUGGCUAUAUGACCGGAGGCAAGCUUGUUGAUGGCCGUGGAGACAUUAGAGAAUUCAGCGAAAGCUCAGAUGCGGAUGUAUUGAAAGCGUUAAGAUGCAAUUUAGGGAUGCUUGGGAUUUUAUUUGAAAUUGAAAUGACAGUUAUCCAGCAGGUACAAGUAAACGUCCAAACCGCCUUCACACCACUUCGGAACUUAUUUAGUCCAGCCUUUAUUCGGGAUCUCGUACCGGAAAAUUACUUCGUGAAUAUGUUUUACGCACCGUACAACUCACUUACGGAAGAAGAAGCCAGAGCAGUGUUGCGUACAGGAAGAGUACCAAAAAGUUGGGACAGCAGGAAUGAUUUAGUGCUGAUAUGGGUCAUGAACCCAACGACUAUCAAGAUGAAUUUUGAAGACGAAAGGCCCUCCUCCGUCCCAGACGUCACGGUUGUCUCUCUUAGUCAGGAUGUGUUCAAAGACGAGCUCUCUUUUCCUGUAUCCGUUGUACAAAACCUCACCCAAGCGGCGCACGUCUCCAUUGACGGAGUCCCGGAAGUUACCAAUAUGGAGUACACGAUCGCUGAUCCUAAUUUCACCACAGGGUCAGCGGCUUUACGGGCUUUAUCGUCCUUGUUGAAUAGAGCGUCCUACCUGAAGGGUAUACAGCCAAUGCAGGAGGCAUUGUUCAGAUGGUUCAAAGGGGCAGACUGCCUCCUCUGUACAGAGUCUGAGACUGGGGGUCAUAGGGAACAUGGAAAGGCUGGAGAGUUCGGUCAUUAUGCAUCUUUUCACAUUCAUAACAGACCAACUACCACAUCGGAAUUAAUGCGGUUCCAUGCAUUCGAAACAACCCUUGUGACGGAAUGGGAUAAGCUUGGUCAGUACGGGAGACCUCACUGGGGAAAAGAACUUCACGUAUUCCCAGCCUUAAAGGAACGCCUGAGGUCCAGUUACGGCGACAACUUGGAUAAAUUUAAGGCCGUCCAAAGAGAACUUGAUCCUUCUGGGGUGUUCACCAACGUUUUCUUGAGAGAAUUAUUUGAUAUAACCAAACAGUGAUUCAAACAGACCACGAACAGUAAUCAGUUACGUAAUGGGGCAGUUAAGUUGUCGAUUUCUGAAAUACAUGAAAUAUGUAUCCAUAAGCAAUCAACGUGCAUGCGACUCUUUUUUCACAUAUCGCACAUUUGCAUUGUCUACAUGUAGAGAUGUACUGUUUGAAUGUUCUCUGACUAAAAAACUGAGAGAGCAGUAUCAGUUGUUCAACUUCAACAGUGUAUAUGAGUAAUGUAACGGUCCUGUGAAAGUUGUUAUGGAUUCUGUGUAAUAAUAUCGGCGGUAUGUACCGGUACAUGUAUAAUAUCGUUAUAAGCAUCAUUUUUAAUAAUCUCUAUGCACUUUUGUGUGGUUUUUCUUGUGCAUUGUAUGCUUAAUAUUUGUUGUCACGCCGUAACAGAUAAUAAA